AUGUACCUCGUAUUCCAAUUAUUUAAUAGCGCCAUAUUCGUCCUGAUAAACCUAAUGGUCGUUUUAUAUACGCUACAACGUUUCUUUUGGGCAAUGAAACAGCAUUAUAAAAUCGUGGCAGAUAUCACUGAUUUUCAUUCAAUGGUAAAUGAAUCUCGUGCCAGUUUAGAUUACAUGAAAUGCAAGAUAAUGGAGACAAUGGACGAGAUUAAGGAAGACGUCAACAAGGAACUCUGCAUUACCGAUCGUUUGACAAAACUUAGUUCAAAAAUAGCUGCAUUAUCGCAAAGAUUCAAUGCUGUCGAAGAGAGUGUAAUAGAGUUUGUACGUAUGGAUCAUAAUAUGGAAAGCGUUAGAGUGGAGACACCGGAUGACAUAAACGAAGAGAUGAAUAAAAUACUGAGGAAUUUAAUGGAUAAUAAAGAGCAACGAGGGAAAUCAUUGAAACAUCUAAAUCGCUAGAUUUAAUCUUUUUAUUUGCGUUACAUUUUCAUUAUAUUUUCAAAGCACACAUAAAGAAUGAAUUAAUUACAAUAUCGUGAUACGAUAUUUCACAUUUGAAAUUUCAAUCAUCAAUAAUGAUGUCAUUGUAAAAUGACCCCUUAUCUAUGCAACGAUAUUUUCGAAAUAUCAUUUGUCUAUUUAUCCCUUUUUAAACGUGAUUAUUAAUAUAUAUAUAUACCAUCAA